UGGAGAGUACGCGGCGUAUGCUGCAAAUGUCGGAAGAGAGUAAGGAAGCGGGGAUCAAGACUCUUGUUAUGUUGGAUGAACAAGGAGAGCAACUUGAUCGCAUCGAAGAGGGUAUGGACCAGAUCAACUCGGACAUGCGCGAAGCGGAGAAGAAUCUCACGGGUCUGGAGAAAUGCUGCGGCCUGUGUGUCUGCCCCUGGAAGAAGUUCAUGGGCUUUGAGAAGGGAGACGACUACAAGAAAACCUGGAAGUCAUCUGAGGAUGGCAAGGUUAACUCCAACCAGCCAAUGCGCAUGGAGGAUAACCGUGACGGUGGUAACAUGCCCUCAUCCUAUAUCACAAGGAUAACGAAUGACGCCCGCGAGGACGAAAUGGACGAAAACAUUCAACAGGUGAGCGGCAUUGUGGGUAAUCUGCGCCACAUGGCCAUUGACAUGCAGAGCGAGAUCACUUCUCAGAAUCGCCAGGUGGAUCGCAUCAUUGACAAGGCGGAAUCAAACGAGGAGAGAAUCUCACAAGCCGACAAGAGGGCCAAGAACAUCUUAAGGAACAAGUAAACGAAUCAACUCGCCCACGCUGGACGUAAAGUGUGGCCUUUUGGGUUGCCAAGAGAAGCUGUAAAAUAUAUAUAAAUAUAUUCUAUGGAAGAAAAGAAUUAGCAGAAAGAUCAUACCCAUACUAAGUUAUGGAUUUCAAAAUCUUAUCGUUGCUAAGAAUUUUAAUCUGUCAACUCUUUUUCUACAAUUUGUUUUGUUCGAAUUUGUAGGAUACUGCUUAUGUGGGUGAAAAGUUUAUACAAAUGUUGUACACUAGACUGCUGUCUAUGCAAGAUUACUAGAGAAAGUGCUGGCGGGGUUUUAGAUGUGAUGAUGAUUGGGAAGUUGAUGAUGGGGAUGCUGAUGAUGAUGAACCCUUCUUUGUUGUGUUGUAUUCAAGGCCUUUUCUAAGCCCCCAAAAUAUACUAAAAUCACAGGUUGCAAAGCGGAAAUUGAGUCUAAGCACUGAGGCUGUGCUGUUUGAGAAAUGAGCGUUUGGACACACAGCUAACACAGAUACAGGGGAAAAGGUACAACAACUGGAUUCGGAGUCUGAGUCCUUUUGCAAAUUUCUUGGAAAUUUUUAGUGUACAUUUUAGUCCAAAUGUUCAGACUCCUACUUGUAAUUGGAAGCCCAAAUACUCGGACCACUCUGUCCAGUUAAUUGAGUUUUAAGUUUCUACUGUAUUUGCAUUUAUUUUGUAUACAUAUUGGACUCAGAAAAGGACUCUAGUUCAAUACUGCCCGUUUAGUAUAACAGGAUUUUGAGCAUGGCAGUAUGUCAGUUCGGUAUCUCGAUGAAGUAAGGUCAUUCGGGAUAAAAUUGCUGACGAGAUGUUUCGUAAAUGCCUAUUCUGCUAGUAAUUUACGCGCAAGCGUCGCGCGACUGUCUCCUUUCACGUUCAUGCACCUUCGAUAAGCGUUUGAUUAUCCUAAAUGACCCGUAACCCAUAGCAUUGUGCGCAUGCGCAGUUGAAAUACCCAACUGGCUUAUUAUUAAUGAAUAGCUGAUACAUGUACCAUAAGGCAAACAUUCCUCACUAGUCAACCAGAGUGUUAACACCUUCUAGCUGAUUGGUUAAAUAAAGUACUUCGCAUUCCAAGAUUUUCCAAUAAAGCUUCUUUUUUUCACACAGUAAUACAUCAAGUCCUACUGAAAGUGCAAACAAAGUUAGAGAUAUGCUUUGCAUGACGUGAAUGCUUUUCAUUUGUAAUUCUGAAUCCGUAGGUAGCCAACUAUGAUAUUAAGGAUAGUGGGGGAUUUAAACGAGUCACGAUCACCUAUAUUUGGCAUGACUUGCAAUAAUAAAAAAAAAAUCGCUUUGAUGAACGUUAGUUUUUAGAGCACUAUAUCUUUCAUGAAAUAAACUAGAGAGUGACUUCACUGGCUUCAUGGUAGGAACCCAGUCAUAAUUAUUUCAUAUUGUAUAUUGAUAAUGUAAACAUGUACAUAUCUUAAGCAUUUACUUUCUUCCAAUUAAAACAAUUUGUUCAUUACUGUUAUAUUCUUCAUUACUUAUCAGCACCCGUUUGCAUGUUAGACCUUCAAUUUUUUCAACGAAAUGUUUUCUUUCAGUGAAUAACUUCAAUUGGAAUAGUGUUAAAACAUUUCUGAAAAUCUUCUGUGUAAAUACGGGCAUGUGAGUUGUACAUUUUGGUGACGGAAGACAACGUUGUAUAGAACUUGAUUACCAAACAAGGCAAGACCAAUGAAUUGAUUGGGUAAAAUUUGGUAAUGUGUACAAACGAAUUACAUAAAUAAAAAAUUAAAAUAUUGUGAAGAAGGUGCAUUUUAUUUUACUUGAACGUAAAGUAAAACAGUAAUUUAUUGUGUGCAUUAAAUACAUAUCUGCAUUGGUCAGAGAGGGUUGUUGAUUUCACCAGCAUCACAAGGGACAUCAAACUUAAAUUAAUAUGGUUACAUUUGUCCUUGUCCCAAAACGCACUAACAGCUCCGCCAAUAGGGUUCAGCUGACUCUGCCCUUACUACUUUUGGUUCUUGUAAAACCAUUGCAAAGAAAAAGGUUAAAUUAUUCCCCUUUCCAAAAAUGAUGAGAAAAUAAGCGGCCCUCGAUGACAGAAACUUGGUCAUUGUUUUGAUCAUAUUAAUUUCAAUAUUAAUUGCAUAUUUUCUCAUGGAACACUGGGCUGUUACCCUGUACAAAAAUAAUAAUGAUAACAAUUCUAACCAGUAAGCUGUUGUCAUGGUUAAGUUCAGCAAUAAAAUAUUUAUUUAUCAUCUGCAAAAAAAAGUCAAUGUCAUAACUGUAAAUAAUACUGUGCUCAAUGGAAAAUGGGAAAAAAUCAAUUAAAAAAUGAUUAUUAAUAUUCUGUAUUCUUAAUAUGAAACAAAUGUUUCCAGUUAAUUUUUUAAGCGUUGAUUUGGACAUUUUAGUUUAAAUUGUUUGUUUCUCAGAGAAAAAUUUAUAUCAAUCAUAGUGACUUUUGUUAUGGGUUAAACAUAUGAUAAUUAAAAACAUAAAUUCUGUAAUUCUUUGCUUUAUAAAAAAAACAUGAAAUAUGGAUCAUUUGAAGAUUUUUGUUCAAUGUUGAGCAUCAUACAAUAAAAAUCAAACUAUGUAGUACAUUUAGAGUAGUCAAUUUGCAGACACGUUGCACAAACAUUGUGUAAUUUCAAUACUCUUUUGAAUUAUACUAAAGCUAAAGUUAAAGUCGAUCUCAUAAUUCAGCUUAAACCAUUUAUACCGGUAUAUAUUUCCAGUUUUCUUCACAUUUGUUGGCAUUAAACAAGCACAUUAUUUUAGAAAGUUGAA